CUCUUGUUGCCUCACUACUGGUCCUCGCCCUCCAGCCGCGUGGGAAAGUCGCGUGUGGGCCACGACCCCGCCUACCCGUCAGAACCAGUGGGAACGGAAUUCACUAUGCGCCCCGAAUCUGACGUGUUGAGUCAAGAUGAACUGCGAAAAAAGCUUUACCAGACGUUUAAGGAUCGGGGUAUACUGGACACGCUCAAGACACAGCUCCGCAACCAGCUAAUUCAUGAAUUGAUGCACCCUGUGUUGAGUAGAGAACUGCAGCCCCAGUCCAUUUCAGUGGAAGGGAGUGCCCUCUUAGUGGAUGCUUCUAACUGUCUAGUAGCAGAUCACUUACAAAGAUGUGGCUACGAGUAUUCACGCUCUGUUUUCUUUCCGGAAAGUGGUUUGGCCAAAGAAAAGGUAUUUACUAUACAAGAUCUAUUACAACUCAUUAAAAUCAACCCUGAAUCCAGUCUCUACAAAUCACUGAUUUCAGGAUUUGAUAAAGAAAACAAAGGUUUUCUCAUGCAGUUUUUAAGAACAUUGGCAGAAUAUCAUCAGUCCAAAGAGAGCUGUGAUAUGGAAACUCAGACAAAUUCAACAUUUCCUAGCAAAGACUCUCUUGUGAAAAAGCUUCAGCUCAUUGAUGAUCAGUUUGCUGAUGCUUACCCUCGGUGUCCCAAGUUAGAAUCUUUAGAACUAAAGUUAAAUGCAUAUAAGAGAGAAAUAGAACAGCAGCUUCGGGAAGAAAUGUGUCAAAAGUUAAAGUAUUUUAAAGAUAUGGAAAUAGCAAAAGUUAAAAUGGAAGAGAAAAAAAAGGCUGAGAGGGAAUUAGCUGAGUUCCGGAACAAACUGGAGCGAGCUUGUCAAGCAAAAUCUGAAGUCCUCAUUUCUCGGGAAAAGAUGGCCCUUGAGAGAAUUCAAAAGCACCAAGAGAUGGAAACCAGAGAAAUUUAUGCUCAGAGGCAGCUUCUACUAAAAGAUAUAGAUUUGCUAAGAGGCAGAGAAGCGGAGCUGAAGCAGCGAAUGGAAGCUUUUGAAUUGGCUCAGAGGCUGGAAGAGGAAAAAAAUAAAGGCAUAGCUGAUGCACUUAGGAAGAAGGAGCUGGAUAUAAAGGGCAUUGAAGAGAGCUAUGACCGGAAGCUCAAGAAUGAACUUCUCAAAUAUCAACUUGAACUAAAGGAUGACUAUAUCACCAGAACUAACAGGCUGACUAAAGAGGAAGGGAAGAAUAAAGAAAAGGCUAUACACUUGCAAGAGGAGCUCAUUGCUAUUAAUUCAAAAAAGGAAGAACUUAAUCGUUCAGUGAAUCGUGUCAAAGAGCUUGAGCUUGAGUUAGAGUCUGUCCGAGCCCUGUCUUCGGCAGUAACCAAGCAGAACCAUCUGCUGAAUGAAAAGGUCAGAGAGAUGAGUGACUAUGCGCUCCUGAAAGAAGGGAAACUGGAGCUUCAGGCACAAAAUAAAUUACUCAAACAACAACUGGAAGAGACUAGAAGUGAAAACGUGCGUCUCCUAAACCGUAUAGGUCAGCCAUCUCCUGAGCUGGCGGUUUUUCAGAAAGAACUGAAGAAAGCAGAAGACGCUAUUGCAUUUGAGCAUAAGGAGUUCGAAAGCCACAAGCAGGCUUUGCAGAAACAGCUGCAGAGUGAAAUCGAACAUUCUGCACAACUGAAGGCCCAGAUACUUGAUUAUGACGACUCCGUAAAGAGGUUAACUAUACAGGUUGCCGAUUUGAAAUUGCAACUGAAGCAAACCCAGACAGUGCUCGAGAACGAAGUGUACGGCAGGCCCAAGCAGUCUUUGAUCGAGCAGUCCGUCAGCAGACUACUGAGUGGCAAGACGGCGGUGCCUUGUGAUGCAGAUGUAGGCGGGGAUUUCUUAAAAAAUACUCUCGACCAGGAAAGGCCGAUGGUGGGUAUACCAAGGAUCAUAGGUUACCCAAAUGCAAGCACAGAGAGCAGUUCCCGCGAUUCUGACCUUGAGUUUGUAGCCAAUACCAAGGCCAGGAUGAAAGAGCUAGAGCAAGAGACUGAACGUUUGGAGAAAGCUUUCCGAAAUUACCAUCGAAGAGUUAGUCAACUCCCUGCUAAGAGCCCUUUAGCAGCCAAGAGCCCACCACCCCUCCACUUGCUAGGAACACUCCAGAGCAUCGAUUCGAAUUCAUCCCAAAGACGCACUUGUGCCGAGGACAGAGUUAUCUCCAAGCAGCCUCUGGUGGGCACCCCUAAAGAGGACAAGAGCAGCACCUCGGAGGCAUGGGCGGGCAGCAUGGCCUCGAGGCCACACAGGGACACUGCCUCCAGACGCCUCUCCUCCACUCCCAUUCCCAAAGCAAAAAGGAGCCUCGAUGGUGAAAUGUAUCUGGAAGGUCUGGGCCGAUCCCACGCGGCUGACCCCAGUCCUUGUCCCAGACAGCCUUCAUCUGCUGAGUCCAGGCACAGCACUGCCCUCCGUCCACUGUCCAGCCCUCCAGAGCAGGCCAGGUAA